AUGGGGACUCGAGGCCUCAAGAUUGUGCGCUUUCGUGGCCGUUAUUACAUUUACUACAAUCAGUUCGACAGCUACUUUGAAGGUCUCGGCGCCGAAAUCGUUGCGAGCGUUCCGACCGAACCCGACAAGUAUCAGGAAUGGCUCACGUCUAUGCGAGCCCAGUAUGCGGCCAAGCAACGCGCUCUUGAGCAACACGUAUACGAGAUUCGCGACGGAUCCGAACCUGAUUAUUCCUUUUUUGACGAACUCGAGGUGCUCCCAUCAGAGUUGCAGCGACUCGACGACUUUGACGCCGAAUACUUCUACAUUAUCAAUCUUGAUCAUGAGGUUCUCACCAUAAACUUUAGCAUACAUUGGCAGCUUGGAAAUAUCCCACGCAAAGACCAGCUUUGGCUUCGUGCCAUCGCAGAUAGCAUCUACCCUUUUAAGCCCACAAUAUCCCUCGACCUUUGCCCGCAAGAGCACAUGGCCUCUCUGGCUUUAAAGCUCCCCAGACGGGACCGCAAGAUCGCGUAUGACUUUGACAUUGUAACCCCAAACAUGGAUAUCGCUGAGCCACGAAAAGCGUUUCUUACCUCGGUUCUUGCCAGGAUUAUGAUUGACUACAAGGAUACCAUUGUUCGAUUUGGAAGGGAGUGGAGCCCAGACUCGUUUCCUUUUCGUGAGUUGGCCUUUGCCCUCGUCUCUAUUGCAUCUGGCCAGGCUAAAUUCCAUUCGUUUCCCGCUCAGCCAUGUAACCCUCGAAGUUGCUGCAUCUACGGCUGCAAGCAGAAACACCUUCCCAAGUCCUCUGGAUGUCUUGGUCAAGAGUGGGCUGGCGAUUGCGCUCCAUUGCUCGAGUUUGGCUCCAUGUCCCACCGACCUGGCGACCCUCCCGGAACAUCACCUAUGGAGACCAUGUACUGGCACGAGGACGUGCUUGUCAGCCUCACAUUAGUCGUCGACGGCAAGGCUAUCACGAAUGCCGUUGCUUGGGGCAUCAACAAGCGGCGGGCAAGCUUUCAGGUAGUCGUCCUGUCACUCUUCGAGGUGUCCUUUGCAGACGUCUUUUUAUAUGAUGACGAUGAGCCAUUGGUCGAAGUCAGCAAAAGUGUCAAUCUUUCGCCUCUUCGCGCAAAGUAUUGCGUAAGCACGCAUCCGCGCGAGAGACCAGAGCUAAAGCCGGAUAGGGAGAUGCACCGUCACUCCGGCGAGCUCCUCAUGGAGCCAAGCUGCAUCGGGACCGAGGAAAGAUUACGAACCUUAUUCCCCGGACUCGCUGUGCUGGUCAACUUCUUCCAAGCCGCCGCAAGCCGCCGCGCAGCAUCCAAGCCUUUAGUCCUUGUCCCGCUCGUUAACUCGUUGGCAGUCACCGCGAACCCCAGCACAGCAUCCAAAUCGCCAGUCGCUCUCCCGUCUGAACUGCACGACCGGAUUCUAGACUUUGUCGACUACGAUACGUGGAAGACUUGCCUGGUUGUGUCACCAAAAUUCCGUCGUUACUGCCUCAGCAAGUACAGACUUGACAAUCAGACGAGCAUCGUGGCAGGCCCCUUUGUCGAGUAUCGCAAGUUUCGCCUCAAGGAGGAACCCCUGUUGUCGUUUGACUUUGAAGAUAUGCAAACGGGCAGGAUAUUUCGAAUGAUGCAGGAUCAGUUUCGUUUUCGGACGAAACAGUACAACUGGAUGCCCCUUAUUGGUAGCGACCGGAAGGCGCUCAUGUUAGACACGGUUGUCCAGUUUGAGCCGGUCCAGACCGAAACUCUACCACCAACAUAG